AUGACGAGAUCAAGCAAAGAAUUCCGAAGUGAUACUUUCACUGUUCCAUCUGAGCGUAUGAUGGAAGCCAUCAGAGAAGCUUCUGUUGGAGACUCUGUCUAUGAAGAAGACGAAGACACAAAUUCGCUACAAAAGCGCAUUCAAGAGCUUACGGGCAAAGCUGGUGCUUUAUUCUUCCCCUCAGGCACCAUGAGUAACCAGGUUGGUGUUCGCAGUAAUUUGCACCAGCCUCCAUAUAGUAUUGUGGCUGACGACAGAGCACACGUUUACCGUAACGAGGCCGCUGGUCUGGCAAUUUUAAGUCAAGCAAUUGUGUAUCCAGCAUUCCCCAGCAAUGGGCUGUAUCUCACGCUUGAGGAUAUCAAGAAGCGCGUCAUUGAUUUCAAGGACAUUCAUGUUGCAACAACAAAACUUGUUUGCCUGGAAAAUACGCUCAAUGGUAUUAUCAUGCCGCUCGACGAAAUUAAGCGUAUCUCCGAGUACGCCAAGGCCAACGGUAUUAGAAUGCAUCUUGAUGGUGCUAGGCUAUGGAAUGCUUCAGCUGAAACUGGUAUUUCGCUUAAAGAAUACUGUCAAUACUUCGAUACCGUUUCCCUGUGUCUGUCUAAGGGUCUUGGUGCCCCUAUUGGAAGUGUCUUAGUGGCUGAUGAAACGACAAUUGAAACAGCCAGAUGGAUUAGAAAGCAGCAGGGUGGUGGUAUGAGACAGGUAGGUUUGCUUGCUGCUCCUGCAAAUGUGGCGAUUGACGAAGUCUGGCCCACCAUGAAGGCUACUCAUUUGGUUGUCAAGAAGUUGGCCCAGUAUUUGGAAGAGGAGCUUUCAUAUAAAUUUGAAGGCCCUGUUGAAACAAACUUUAUCUUUAUUGACGGCCCCAGAUCUGGUGUUGACAUCGUAAUUUUGGAGGAAGAAGCAAAAAAGAGGGGGUUGAAUGUUGUCAGCAACCGUCUUGCUUUCCAUUAUCAAAUCAGUCCUGAAGCCAUUGAGCUGUUAAAGGAAGCUGCAAAGGCUGCUCUAGAAAGAUCAAGGGAAAUUGGAGUUAAGCCCGAAGGUGGUGACUCUGAAGGUAUUGCUGUUGCUGGCUCCAAGUCUGGAUCUCAUAAGUACGCUCCUGUGAAAAACUAA